AUGGAUGUGAAUAUUGCAUUUCAGCCAAAAACUCUCCUUCGACAUGAAUUCCCAGCUCUAGCAUCGCAUUUUCACAGCCUCAUUCAGGAUCAGUCGUCGGUUGAGCAGGUCCAUGAACUCAACCGCCGCCUGCUAGAACUGACAUACGAGGAGGCUCUGCCUCCUGCCGUAUACGGCGUUUGGCUACCGAUUGCCUUGCGGGUUGUUCCGGACGUACUGCAAGCUGCCAUUAAGGACCCGGUCUCUCAUGGCGUUCGUGAGGCCGGCAUUCGUGCCUUGGCGCGUGCCUUCCAUAGCAAGGAAUGGAAAGCACAAGGGUGGGAUGCCCUUGGUGGCGCGGGGGGGAUCAGGGAUCUUCUCACUGAAAUUUCUGUAAGGGAAAUCGUUCUGGUGUUUAAAUCCAUUGCAACAUGUCGGCAUGUGGCCGAGCCGGAGAUUCUAUCGACUUGCGUGGGAGAUCUCAUUCGUCUCUUACAGCGUGAGAGUCCAUCUCGGUUGUCACCAUCUCUUCUGCGACCUUUGUAUCCAUUGUGUAGUUCUACUUUCCUGAAAGACUUGCUGUCAGGCCUGCCGGAGGGGCCCUCGUUAGUGUCGGUGGUUCAGAAAUUAGGUCGAUUGCACGCGGAUCUUGUGCGGCAGGUUGCUGUCGGCCACAUUUCAGUGCCUCUGGAAGCACAAGUGAGAGUAUUGAAAGACCGAGUACAUGAUUUGAUUGAUUCUCCCAAACCCUAUACUCCUCUGCUCGCAAGGGACCUUCCAUCCGAUAUGCCUCCCGGACUAGUCUUCUGCUUAGACCUGUAUCAUGUGAUGUCUGAGAAUUUCCUACUCGCCAUCAGGGUGGGAGGGGCUCGGGAGAAGUACAUAAAGAAGGCACUGAGGCUCGCAUGCCGGAAGAAUCUGCCAUCCAAGUACAUCACAAUAUUUCUUCAACAUAUGGCCCCGCUUUGGUUGCGGUUGAUGCGUACCCUGUUGGAUGACUCUCUGCCUGAGCCCCUGUUUCAAGAGGUUGUUGGCUGCUGGUCUAUAGCUCGAUGCGGGACGACUGGUACUGCUACUGAAUCGACAGUGAAACGGUUUACAAGGAGCAAUAAUAGGUCGCGGCCAACCAGAGAUGACGAGAUGGCUUUAGAGUCAAUACUGAAGCGUUUGAUAAACUCCACGGCAGAUCUAAGAGAGAAUCUGAAGGAUGAUCGUCCCCUUCUCGAGGCUAAGCUAUUGGAACAGAUUGCGCCUUCAGAAAGACUUGCAUUUAUUAGAUUGGUUUGUCAACAUUCUGAGCAGUUGAGGUUUGACAUUGAUAUGUCUCCUCCGUCUGAGCGAGAAAAAAAGCUCGUUCCCAUAUGGCACUUUGAGACUCUACGUGUACUACCGGAUACAGACGGACAAUGCUUGUUUGGCAGAAUGCUGGUCAUUCAUGGUUGUGAGGAAUUCAUACCCACACCGCCAGAAGUGCAGACUCUUAGCUGGACCGACCAGUGCCUUUUGAAAAUCGGCUGGGAAGCACGAGCCGCACACACUGACGACCUUCCCUUUUCUCACAAGGUUAUCAGGGAGAUGCAGGAAGAGGCCAGGCGAGGAAGAGAUCAUGAACAUCGAUUAAAAUGGGCGGCAGCAGCUGUUGACGCUGCUGUCACGACGUCUUCCGCAGACAUAUUUACUUCGGUGGUCCAGUGGACACAGAGAUUCUUGCGUGAUCCGCUCGUAUUUCCGGAUUUGAUGAGGGACAAAAUACUAGGCUCUGAGGUCGCCAGCUUUAUCUCAUGUGUUGAUAUUAGCCCAGCCUGCAGACCGACAUCUAUAUCGAAGCUCAGUGACAUUGUAGAAAGGGCAAACAAGUCAUUAGAUCAUGUCCUUGAGCUCGUACUCCUUGCAAGCCAAGAACCAGGCGCUAAAAAAAUGUCAAUAAACCGGCUGCUCAACUUUAUAUCGAAGAUCGUGGAAAGCCGAAUAAGAGGGCUGAAACAGUAUCAAUCACUUGGUAGCCAGUCAGAGGUUGCAAAUGUGCUCCUGAACCCUCUUAUUCCAUUAUUCCUGGCAUACGAGUGCAUCGUGCAGCCUGACGAAGAACCAAUAACCAACAAGAACAGGCUAAAAGGCCUACUGGCAAACUUGGAAUGUCCAGCCCAACCGGCGGAAACUGCUGUUAUGUUUAUAGACAACCUUGCAGAGAGAAGAGACAGACUGUGGCAAGAAACGCGCACCAAAACUGACACUGCUAUCAGCCGCCUCGGGAGGGGCUGGCCGAAGGGGCUCCCGAUCCAGUACCUUGUUCCUGGCACACGAUGGGCGCACUACGCGUUACAGUAUACAACCGCAGCACCUUAUCUCCGGAGUAGACUGGAAAAUGUUAUGAAGGCCCCCUUCCAUGAUACAUUAACGCCUAAACCUGAACUAGAUGUCAUGCCCAGUGAUGAGUGGGUCGACAGUUUGCGCUACGCUAUUGAAUCCUACGUUGGUAUAGGGGAAGAGAAAAACAAAACGAGUCUUGUAAGCCUUUUUCAAUACUAUAAAUCUGAGCUGGAGAACUUUGCAGCUGGAAACCAGCAGCAUUUUGAGCAGCUACAGAUGUUUCGACAAUGGCUUCGCGGUUUGGCUGAAACAAUGGAGGCCCCUGAGGCAGCAGCAAUCAUUGAUCAGGAUCAAUAUACUCGGACACCAAAUACUAGCUUUCUUGACCAAGACCCUAGAUCUCAUGGUAUGUUUGUGUGGGACCCUAGAUAUGAAUGUUGUGAGGAAGAGGCGGACGAAGAGCCAACGGAUAUCCCUGUCACAUUGCUGUAUUGUCGCAUGUAUGAGGAGAUACCCACGUCUGAGACUGUCCCAUUCCCGCAGGACGAAGCUGUGGUUGAUCCACUGUCGAUUUGGGCUCUGGAUCGGACGUCUCCAACCAAGCUUGACAAGCCGUUUUUAGAAUGCCAGGAGGCAGUGAUUUUGUCCUCUAUACUCUUCCUACAUACCAAUGAGGAUCGAAGGCCACUCGUCUCCAGCGCUUUCCCCAACGGCGCAUCCAUGAGAUAUCCACGCGUUUCACUGGAUGACCGCUUCGUGAUGUACGCAAAAGAGGAUAGCACUACUGCUAGGCAGAGAGCCACACAAGCGCUGAGAAAGGUCAUCAAGGCAGUCCCGGCUAGGUUGCUACGAGAUAUGGUAAUAUCUCUACUGGAUACGGCCGACGACCUGUCUCCAAAGUCAACCUCUUAUGGGACGGUGCUGGCCGGUGUGACUGAUAUUAUUGUCCUCUUAGGGCUUUCCGAUCGACCAGAACUAGCUGUUGAUGUUGUAAACCGAGUGAUACAAAGUCUUCCCGACGCAUCAUCAUAUCAUAGACACAUGAGAUUGAUAGGCCUUGGCCGGAGACUUCAACCAGGCCGGGCCAAAGACUUCAUUGAACAAUUCGCGAAGUUUGUUACGGAAGGCCUCGAACAGAAUAAAAAACAGUACAAUCAGAGUACUUCAGACAACAGUGAAACUGCAGAUCAGCCAAAGCAUUUCGUCAAAAUUACCACCGUUAAAAUGCUAGGCGAGAUCCUCGCAGAAGCAGCAUUUCUCCCAACUACGAUGAACGUGUCUGUGCUGCAGAACCUAUUCAACGAAAGUCAUCAUAUUGAUGUUCGGGCGCGGGUAGUAUCUGCUGCCCUGUGUCUCUUUGACAAAGCGUUCGAUACAAAGGUGAUCUUCAGCGCUAUCGCCGGUUUCGCCUCCCAAGUCGUAGGGCCCAGAGAAGCAGAGCCGACCAGUGAAGCGGAAUGGAUAGAUGCGGAGAACGGCGGUAAACUUCCCAUUGUUUCGUUGACAGAUGAGCGUCCAGCCCUUGACUUGUUCGUCAAGACCGCGUACCAUAGACUUCCUAAGGAAUACAUGGCAGAGUACGUACAGAAGGUUCUGCUCCCGCUGGUGGACGAGUCAGCCCGUCAGCACAACCGAUGGAUGAAGGUCUUCCUCAGUCGUACCGUCGCGGACAUGAGUGUACUCAAGACCGUUGACUUUGGGCCAUUCCACAUCCAAAUAAUUGACGAGAUCCUGGGUAAGUGGCAAGAAUAUCUGCCAGCGUCCUUCCUCCGCCGCCGCCGCGACUACGCACUAUCCUGCAUCCAUCAGCUGGAGCUAGAGAGAGUCACCCAAGCGAUCGCGAAGCGGGACCCCGGAUAUAGACAGACAAACGCAGGAAAACACUGCAGCCAAUACAUAGACUCCUGUCGCACCUGGCAGCCGUUGGGCCAUUUAAAGAACCUUCUCGGUGAACCUGUAAAAUCAAGGGUCCCCGAUGGAAUCACCAUCGAGAGUCUAGCAACAGAGUAUGUCGAGCGUGCGGCCAUCAUUGCAAGACAUCCUAUCAAAUUCGCCUCGGAACAGGGCAAAUUCGUUGUCUCGACGGACGUGAUUAUGGAUGCAUUAGAAUCCCUUCUGGUUAAGUCUCGUGGGUAUUGGGAAACGGAAUACGAAAGCCAGCACCAGCUGCUUUAUCAGAAGCUCUUGGAAGAGAUCGCAGCUGAUGUGGAAUCCCUCCGGACCGAGGAAUGGCGGAAUAGCAUGGAUCGCCAACCCGUGGUACUUCCGUCGUGGCUGGAAUUGCAGGUCACCAUCCUUCCCUCGCCAAAGGUAAACCCGUUGGUUGAGGAGCCGCACAAAGAAUUUGUGCGUCGUGUGCUGCUGCUCGUGGAGAGGUGUGCGGAGGAACCGGCCUUUCUGGCGGAAUUCAAGCUCCUGGAAGAGGCAAUGGAAACUGCUCAGCAUGCGGAAAUAUUGUCCUGUGCCUUGCUCCUGGGAAAUGGGCCUGUGAGUGAACAUACCUCGUUGUAUGGUACGUUGAGGAUCCAGUUAGCACAAAAUCUGGUUUCGCGUCUCGAUCCAGCGGAGCUGGAGCUCAACGAUGAAGUCAAGGCCAUGUUGAGAAAAUGGAAGACAAGUCCUAGUGAAUAUGUCCGAGGUGUUGGAUGGAGGUUUGAUAAUACAGUGCCCUGGGUGUACGUUAUUAUUAUUAUUUACUAUCUGUCCAUAGUACUGUCCAGACAGAUAGAUGGCUAG